AUGAACCUGAAUACUGGCUUGACUGGUGCUGCAGACCUUGGGGAUGACUUCAUAUUUGGAGCGAAUAGUACAUUAUGUGUUGUGAGCAACUACAAGAAGAAGCUUAUCGUUAUCAGGACAGGUGGACAGAAUAUUGAGAUCCUGGCGGGAGAUACUGUAUGCAAAUAUCGCUGGGGGUUAGCAUGA